AAAAAAAUAAUAAUUUACCGUAUUUGACUUUAACCGAAGGAACAUAAGAAGGAUAAAAAAAGGUUAGAUUGGGCUAUAUUUGUUUGGCCCUCACAACAUCGCGCGGAUCCAAAUCCAGAUCAUACCAAGGAAGAAGAAGAAGAGACGCACCAUCUUCCAUCUCCAAGAGGGAGCUUUCAUUUGAAUCUGAAUUGAGAUGGGAUUCCUAAUAACAAGCCUAAUCUUCGUGGUCGUUGGGAUAAUUGCUUCUUUGUGCGUUCGAAUCUGCUUCGCUAGAGGCCCUUCCACAAAUCUGCUUCACUUUACCUUGGUCAUUACUGCGACUGUCUGCUGUUGGAUGAUGUGGGCGAUUGUAUACAUUGCGCAGAUGAAUCCUCUGAUUGUCCCAAUCCUAAGCGAAACAGAGUAAAAUAGUCUACUCGGACUAAAACUAGAGAAAGCUAUGCUCAAUUCCGGAUUGGCUACCUUCUUCUAUUUGGAUCCUUGUUGUGUAUCUUCAAUCUUUUAAACGGUUUGUAAUUCUUUAUCUUGGUGGUGUGAACAAAUCGAAAAACUUGUUGUCUCUGUAUUAUUGAAAAUUUUCCUUGUAUUCUCAGUCAGUUCCCAAAACAGCUGAGAUACUCAGAACAAUGUAUUGUUUGAUGAAAUAAUGUCUUUGACACGUC